GUAAUGUUAAUGAACGUGACCCGUUGUUUCGUCCAUCAGGCGAACCGUUGUGUCCUUUCCCCUCCUCGGAGUCGGACUAUGGAGACAGAAACGGGUCUAUAACGUUAACGUUGUUGUGCGGCAGCUUGCCAUGAGUUUGGUUCAGUCUCUUAUGACGGGUGUUGAGGAUGUUCCGAUGCUGAUCCCGCCCCCCCGAGUGCCCAAGGCGGUGAACAUGACCUACCAAGCCCCGUUGGCAGAGAUGGAUUACUAUGACGACGAGCCCAGCGAGCCUAUUGUGGUGCUAGAGAAGUGUUCUGCCCCUCUGGAUGUGGACGCAGAACUGGAGGCAGAACCCGAGCAGGAACCCGAACCCGAACCCGAACCAGAACCUGAGCCGGAGCCGGAGCCGGAACCGGAGAGGGCUGGGCCGGUCCAGGUGGUGGUGGCGCACGAGGAUGACCACGGCUUCGAGCUGGACGCGGCGGCGCUGGAGAGGAUUCUGAUGCAGGAGCACGUGCGCGACCUCAACGUGGUGGUGCUGUCUGUGGCCGGAGCCUUCCGCAAGGGCAAGUCCUUCCUGCUGGACUUCAUGCUGCGCUACAUGUACAAUCAGUCCACUAGUUCAUGGAUGGGGGGGAAUGACGACCCUCUAACGGGCUUCACCUGGAGGGGGGGGUGUGAGCGUGAGACCACAGGUAUCCAGGUGUGGAGUGAUGUGUUUGUGGUGGACAAGCCAGAUGGCAGUAAGGUGGCUGUUCUCCUGGUGGAUACUCAGGGAGCCUUCGACAGCCAGUCCACCAUCAAAGACUGUGCCACAGUGUUUGCCCUCAGCACAAUGACCAGCUCUGUACAGGUCUACAAUCUUUCCCAGAACAUUCAAGAGGAUGACUUGCAACAUCUUCAGCUGUUCACGGAGUACGGCAGACUGGCGUUGGAGGAGAUCUAUGAGAAGCCUUUUCAGAAACUGAUGUUCCUGAUCAGGGACUGGUGUUACCCUUACGAGCACAAGUACGGGCUGGAGGGGGGCAACAGCUUCCUGGAUCGACGGCUUCAGGUGAAGCAGAACCAGCAUGAGGAGCUGCAGAACGUUCGUAAGCACAUCCACGCCUGCUUCUCCUCCAUCGACUGCUUCCUGCUGCCCCAUCCGGGCCUCAAGGUCGCCACCAACCCCAACUUUGAUGGCAGGCUGAAGGACAUCGAUGACGAGUUUAAGAGGACUCUACAGGAGCUGGUGCCUCUGCUGCUGGCUCCGGAGCACCUGGUGGAGAAGGAGAUCAACGGAGCCAAGGUCACCUGUAGAGACCUGCUGGAGUACUUCAAGGCUUACAUCAAGAUCUACCAGGGGGAGGAGCUGCCACAUCCCAAGUCCAUGUUACAGGCGACUGCUGAGGCCAACAACCUGACUGCUGUGGCUGCCGCCAAGGACUCCUACAGCAAAGGCAUGGAGCAGGUGUGCGGCGGCACCAAGCCGUACCUGGCCCCCGCGGACCUGCAGCGCCACCACGAGCAUCUGAAGGAGGCGUCCGUGCGGCAGUUCCGCUCCGUCAAGAAGAUGGGCGGAGCCGAGUACUGCCAGCGCUACCAGGACCAGCUGGAGGCGGAGCUUGACGAUCUCUACGGCAACGUCAUCAAGCACAACGACAGCAAGAACAUCUUCUACGCCGCGCGCACGCCCGCAACGCUGUUCGCCGUCAUGUUCGUCACCUACGUCAUCUCCACGGUGACGGGCUUCGUCGGCCUGUCGGUCGUCGCCGCGCUGGCCAACCUGGUGAUGGGCGUGUCGCUGAUGUCGCUGUGCGCCUGGGCGUACGUGCGCUACUCGGGAGAGUACCGGGAGGUGGCCGAGGUCAUCGACCUCACCGCAGAGGCCCUGUGGGAACAGGUGCUGAAGCCUCUGACUGAGCAGUACAUGGAGGACAAUAUCAGACAGACUGUAGUGAACUCGAUAAGAGCCAGUUUAACGGAGCCCGUGGCAAACCCUGGCGCAAAGUUAAAACGCACCUGAUCUCCGGCCCUCCACACACAACCUCCGCCCUCUAGCUGUCUGUGUGUUUGUGUGUGUGUGUGUGUGUGUGUGUGAAUGGGUAAGUGUGAGUGGGACAGAAGAAAACAGAAUGGACUUCAUCUCAUAGUGGAACUAAAACCAAAGUUUACACUCAACACCUGGAGUUGUCUAGUUGUCAAUCCCCCGGCCCCUCUCCAAUGCUGGCAAAUCAAACUGACUAACACACACACACACACACACACACACUCACGCAUACACCAAGAUCUACUGACUUCUAUAGAUUGACUCCAUCUUGUGCAUAGAGACAAACUGACCUAUAUCUGCUCAUGUUAGGGAAGCAGAGUGAAACCAGAAGACCCUGUUCUGCCAAGUACAGCGUUAACGGUGCCAUGACAACCAUUAACCCGAGCCCUUUACCUCGGAAGGGUUCGUCUUUUCACACUCUCUUUGUUUUGCCUUUUUUUCUGUUCUCACGGUCAGCCUUGUAAACAAGUUUAGAUAGACGCUCACAAACUGGCAGAUACAGAGUACGGACCUCGAGGUAGAGGCAUACGGUAUACCGUUUAUGGCUCCACCAGUGACCGUUGUGUUGUGUUGACGUGUGACAUCAGAAGGCUCAGCACCAAAAUCCAUCCAAGUCCCCGCUGUACAGUUGCUAGAAAAUCAUGUUAAUUUGUAUCAUAGAGGACAGCGCAUGUACAUGAAUGUAUAAAUCCAUGAUUUUUGUAUCAUUUUUGUAGAUGACUGUAGCUGAGUGUCUCCCCGGUUCUGUGAUUUUUGUUUUUGUUUUGUUCUAAGCCCCACCCCCCUGACUCCACCUCUUCCCCAAGCUCCAAUCAGAAGCCACUUAUCUGAGGGUCGAGAGGAGCGGAUUGGUGGAUGGAGGGUGUGGGUUCAUCUGGCCUUUUAAAAGCUGCACCCUGUAAUUUAUUUUUUAAAAGUUGAUUAAAAUACAUAUUUUAAAUUUA